AUGGACAACGAUACGUAUGCAUUUGUUGCUUCACAAGAUGUUGAAGUGAUUGUGCAUCAAAAUCUAUGUGAGAAUGAGAGCCACAUUGCUAAACUGAGAGAGAGUGAAAACAAAAGUGAGUUGCGUGAUUCCACCCACUGUGAUGUUGAGAGUAUCAACAAUGCGAGUGUGAGGGAUACACCACAGAAAGAUAGAGAGUUAGAAUGCAAGUCAUCUGAGGAUAUUUUUGAAACUAACAUUCUCAUCUCUACUUCUAGUGUUGUCUUUCCAAAUAAGCAAGAUUGUAAUGAGAAUAAUGAAGAUAUGGCUGCUCAUGACAACUCCAUACUUGUUGAGAGAAGUGAGAAGGUAGACAUUCAUCCGAACCAAUUGUGUGCUGCCCAAAAUAUGAACCAUGACGAGGAAAGUGUGAUAGAACGUAAUCAAAGCCUUUGUGCUGAUUUGACCGAAUCUCAUGUUGUUAGAAGUGUUGAAUUUUAUCUUGAUGAGAGUCUUUGUGCUUUGAAUGAUCCUUGCAACACUUCGUAUACCAACAAACUUCACCUUGUUUAG